AUGUCGUCGGCAAACGAAUUCCCCCCUAUCUCGAUUGAUUCUGAGUGUGAUACAUGCGGUGACCCCAUCUUUGAUGACGACCUCUCGUCGUUUGCACAAUCUUUAGCUUCAACUAUUGUCAACGAGACCUAUGAAAAUGUAUACGUCUUUCCGAAUGACGAGAAGGAGAGCAACAGACUGGAUAUUGUCCAUUAUAUGACAGUUGCACUCUGCGACGAGAAGCUUCACCUUGCACCCAUUGGCUCAAGCCCCCAGAACAUCCUUGAUAUUGGAGCUGGGACCGGCAUUUGGUGCUGUCAAAUGGGCGUUGACCUAAGCGCAAUACGGGACACAAAACAUGUCACUCCAGAAAACGUGAGAUUCGAGAUCGACGACAUCGAAAGCGACUGGACUUUUAUAGACUCGUUCGACUACAUCCACUGCCGUUACAUCCACCUGACACCCGGCUGCUGGGCGGAAUUCCAAGACUUCGAUGUUCCUUGGUAUUCCGACGAUGGAACGUACGACGCCGAAUCAUCACUUGGUCGAUGGUACAAAUUAUUCUAUAAAGCCACCCGCCAACAUGGUCGAGAGCUGUCGCCUGGCCCUAAACUUGAAGGGUGGGUGCGCGGUGCCGGCUUCACCGAUGUGGUUGUUAAGAAGCUGCGGGUUCCUGUUGGGAGAUGGCCAAAAGAUCCGAAAUUGAAAACGGUCGGGACCUGGAAUCUCCUGCAAGUCAUCGAGGGCAUGGAAGGGUUUUCCAUGGCCCUCUUCUCUCGUGUGUUAGGAUGGUCUCCUGAUGCCAUCCAGGCCUUUGUUGCUGAGGUAGUGAAAGAUCUCCGCAAUCCGAAAAUGCAUGCACAGUUCGACUUGUACAUUGUUUACGGGCGAAAACCUGAAACGAGCAAAUGA